CCGUUUAGUCGUCCUUCUGGCGAGGGAAAAGUUUCCCUAUUGCACACCAACAUCACCAAUACUACAAACGGAGCUGCUUGAAAAUUCGACCAACGAAAGAAAUUCCAGUAUAGUCGUGCCAGUAACGCGUCGAACGCGUAGAAGCCUAUUUUCUUUCUAGGAAGCACCCAGUAACGUUGGAAUAGGCGAAAGUAGGACGCAGCACAAGGAACACAAGGCGAAGCACAGGAUGAGUUGCCUUGGGGAUUGCCUCGAGUUGGGGCCACCGCCCGAUAUGAUACUGUCGAUGCCACCGCCACCACUGUCUUCGUUUCUGUUGCCGAAAAACGCACUGGCCGCGAGCAAACCGAACGGCAACAGCAACAACAGCCUACUGUGCAGUGCUGCGUUCAUCUGCGAGCCGUCCCUGAAGGCGAACGAACAGUCCGGGAUGGAGUUUGUCGAGCUGCCCGGGAAUGGAAUGGACGAUACCUGGAUGUUGGUACUAAUUUCGUCCUGUGUUGGAGUCAUCCUGCUUGGCGCUCUUCUCGCCAUGGUAGUGCUCAAAUGUCGCGAUCGAUUCUGCUUCCGCUGCAGCUCGUUCAGCUACUCCUAUCACGAUAGCAACCUGAAGCAACCUCCACUGCACGCCCUGGGUCAUGAACCGUCCACCGCCAAGGCGGCUGUAUUUAUGCCCGGCGGAACGAUUCUCUAUCCCACCAACCAUCUGCACCAUCACCACCAUCAGCCGCCAGCCCAUCCUGACAAUCGUACCCUUUGGGCGGCCCUCACACCGCACGGCACGCAACACUUCAUCACGGAAUCGUACGGCGGCAAUCCGGAGGACCAUUAUGAAGUGAUUGACUAUGGGCGCAAGCACGAGCAGUACAUCCCCUCGACCCACGGCACUAUCGUGAAGAGCAAGAACUCGUUCGAGAACUCGGGAUUUGUCGAUUACGAUUAUGAAGAUCCGACACCUCUGAUGGAAUCGUACGCACACUUUGACGAUAUGGACUCGGGAUAUCAGGAACCGCAGGAGGUGCUGGGUUCGCUGAACCGUGCAGGUAGUGCUGCCAACCGUACCGCCACGCUGGUCUCAUCGCCGACGCGCAUCGAAAAUCCCAACAUGGCCCCGCUGAACCUGUACCCAACCAUGCUCAGCUCCACGAUGGGCAGGAAGGCACACGGCACAGGCACUGGUGCUGGAUCACUGUCCCGGCGGAUCAGUGACAUCAAGAACUGAAGUGGUGGAGGAGGAGUGCGAGAACAGAGGCGAGAGAGGGCGAAGCGACGGCGAUUGAGUGAGAAUGGAACACAUACAUUCCUAAUAGACACGACACGUCCUCCUGCCAGGGGAGGAAGCGUGGGUUGAAAAGAACUACUAAGUACUUGCGUUGGACGUGCCGGGGAGCUGGCAAAAGCAGUCUCCAAGCUACGGUGCGCGAUGGUGGUGGCACGCCGGAUCGAAUUGAUACUGAAUUGAGAAGAAUGUUCCUCUAAGAUGGUAGAACAGUGAAAUGAUUUAUAACUUACUACUAAAGCAGAAGAUACCAAACCAAACCCAACUAGACACACACAGAUAUCUUCACCUUUCACAGGCCCUUUUCCACGCGCGUAAACAAACCCUCCCGACUGCUUAACCUGCUACUGUAUUACCACGCAUCUUAACUAUAACAAUAAUAACUACCACGCAUAAUGCAAUGCCCCUACGUGCAGGUGCACAACAACAACUCUCAUCUCCAUUCAAUGCAAUGCAAACACUGAAUGCGACAUUUCAUAUUCUUAGUGGCUCAAUUGCUGGCUAUUGCUUUCAUACAACAAGGCAGAGAGAAUCGAAUAGGAGGGUAGAUCAGAGCAAUGUCCAUACUCCAGUCCAGGGCGAAGGCGAUGAACAUUUUGUGGGAAUUUUAAAAGCAACAAAACAUGGAAACAGCAAGCAACAAACAAUAAACAUAAUACUCUAGAUCUUAA